GGCAGACGCCGAGAUGCGCGGCUGGAGGCUCCUGAGCGCUGCCCACCUUCUCUGCAUGUGCGCCGUCGCGCUGGCCGGCCCCGGGUCCCGCUUUCUGGUGACGGCCCCAGGGAUCAUCAGGCCCGGAGCAAAUGUGACUGUUGGGGUGGAGCUCCUGGAAAACAGUCCCCCCCAGGUCACUGUGAAGGCUCAGGUGUUCAAGCAGGUUUCCAACAGAACCGUCUCCGUCCUGAAAGCGGAAGGAGUCUUUGAAAAAGGCUUUUUCAAGAUUCUUACCCUUCCAGCACUACCUCUGAACAGUGCAGAUGAGAUUUACGAACUACACGUUACUGGAAGUUCUCAGGAUGAGAUUUUGUUCUUUAACAGCACACGCUUAUCAUUUGAGACCAAGAGAGUAUCUGUCCUCAUUCAGACAGACAAGGCACUCUACAAGCCGAAGCAGGAAGUGAAGUUUCGUGUGCUCACACUCCACUCAGAUUUUAAGCCUUAUAAGACAUCGUUGAACAUUUUCAUUAAGGAUCCGAAGUCUAAUUUGAUCCAGCAAUGGUUUUCUCAGCAAGGUGACCUCGGAGUCGUUUCCAAAACUUUUCAGUUAUCCUCGGAUCCAAUACUUGGUGACUGGUCCAUUCAGGUUCAAGUGAAUGAUCAGCAUUAUUAUCAAUCUUUCCAGGUCUCAGAAUAUGUGCUACCAAAGUUCGAGGUCACUUUGCAGACGCCGUUAUAUUGUUCAUUGAACGCCAAGAAUUUAAGUGGCACCGUCACCGCAAAGUAUACAUAUGGAAAGCCAGUGAAGGGAUAUGUAACACUUACAUUUUUGCCUGUAUCUUUUUGGGGAGAGAAGAAAACUAUCACAAAAAACUUUGAGAUAAAUGGAUCCAGAAACUUCUCUUUUGAUGAUAAAGAGAUGAAAAAGGUGAUGGAUUUGUCGGAUGGGAGUUCCGAACACAUGGACCCAUCCAUCCCUGGGCCCAUAGAGAUCGUAGCCACUGUGACGGAAUCACUCACAGGUAUCUCAAGAAACGCAAGUACCAAUGUGUUUUUCAAGCAACACGAUUACAUCAUUGAGUUUUUUGAUUAUGCUACUGUCUUGAAGCCAUCCCUCAACUUUACAGCCAUUGUGAAGGUCAGCCGCUCUGAUGGCAAUGAGCUGACCAAAGAAGAAAGAAUAAAUGACUUAGUCAUAACGGUGACCCAGAGGAAAAAUAGCAACAUCUGGAGAAGGUGGUACAGUGAAGAUCAGGAAACGGAUGAUGUCCAGAACAUAAAUUACACCAUCCCUCAAAAUGGAGUCUUGAGGAUCGAAUUCCCAAUCCUGUACAAUUCCAGCGAGCUACAGCUGAAGGCUUCUUUUCUUGAUAGUGUAAGUUCUAUGGCAGUUCACGGCAUGUUCACCUCUCCUAGCAGGACAUACAUCCAGCUUAAAACCAGAGAGGACCAUGUCAAGGUGGGAUCACCUUUUGAAUUGGUGGUUACUGGCAACAGGCAAUUUGAGGACUUAAGCUAUAUGGUAGUAUCAAAGGGACAGUUGGUGGCUGUAGGCAAACAAAAGUCGAGAACUUUCUCUUUAACACCAGAAGCUUCCUGGGCUCCAAAAGCCUGUAUAAUUGUGUAUUAUGUUGCAGAAGACGGGGAAAUUAUAAACGAUGUUAUAAAAGUCCCCGUUCAGCUUGUUUUUAAAAAUAAGGUAAAGCUGUUUUGGAGUAAAUCUAGUGCCAAGCCAUCCGAGACGGUCUCUCUCAGGAUCUCUGUAACACAGUCUGACUCCAUAGUUGGGAUUGUAGCUGUUGAUAAAAGUGUGAAUUUGAUGAAUGCCUCAAAUGAUAUUACAAUAGAAAAUCUGGUCCAUGAACUGGAACUUUAUAACACAGGAUAUUAUCUAGGCAUGUUCAUGAACUCCUUCGCUGUCUUCCAGGAGUGUGGUCUCUGGGUGAUGACGGAUGCAAACCUUGUAAAGAAUAACAUUGAUGGUGUUUAUGACACCGCAGAGUACGCUGAGCGGUUUGUGGAGGAAAAUGACAUGAACCUGGUUGAUUUUCAAGACUUUCCUUCAGUCAGCAAUCCACACGUCAGGAAGCAUUUUCCAGAAACCUGGGUUUGGCUGGACUCCCACAUGAGAUCCAACGUUCGCCAAGACUUUGAAGUUACUGUCCCCGAUUCCAUCACUUCUUGGGUGGCUUCUGCUUUUGUGAUCUCAGAAGACUUGGGUCUUGGGCUAACAACUGCUCCAGCAGAGCUGCAAGCCUUCCAACCAUUUUUCAUUUACCUGAAUCUUCCCUACUCUGUUAUCAGAGGUGAAGAAUUUGCUUUGGAAGUAAUCAUAUUCAAUUAUUUGAAAGAAGCCACUAAGGUCAUAGUACUCAUCGAGGAAAGUGACAGCUUUGACAUUCUAAUGUCUUCAAGUGACAUCAAUGAUACCAUAUACCGGCAGACUAUUGUAGUUCCCAGCGAGGAUGGGAUUACUCUGCAUUUCCCUAUCAAGCCAAGAAGCUUGGGAGAAAUUCCCUUCACGGUGAAAGCUGCCUCACAUGCUGCUUCUGACACUGUCACCCAGACAGUUUUAGUAAAGGCUGAAGGGAUAGAAAAGUCAUAUUCACAAUCCAUCUUACUGGAUCUGACUGACAACAAAGUACAAACUAUCCAGAAAACAUUGAAUUUCUCAUUUCCUCAUGAUACAGUCAAUGGCAGCGAAAGAGUCCAGAUCACAGCAGUUGGAGAUAUCCUUGGUCCUUCCAUCAAUGGCUUGGCCUCCUUGAUACGGAUGCCUUAUGGUUGCGGUGAACAGAACAUGAUAAACUUCGCCCCAAAUAUUUACAUUUUGGAUUAUCUGACGAAACAGAAGAAGCUGACUGAUAAUUUAAAAGAGAAGGCCCUUUCAUAUAUGAGGCAAGGUUACCAAAGGGAGCUUCUCUAUCAGAGGGAAGAUGGCUCCUUCAGUGCCUUCGGGAAUAGCGACCCUUCUGGGAGCACUUGGCUGUCAGCAUUUGUUUUAAAGUGUUUUCUGGAAGCUGAUUCCUAUAUCGAUAUUGAUCAGAAUGUGUUACAAAGAACAUAUGCUUGGCUCAAAGCACAUCAGAAAUCCAAUGGUGAAUUCUGGGAGCCAGGACGAGUGAUCCACAGUGAACUUCAAGGUGGCAAUCAAAGCCCAGUGACACUUACAGCCUACAUUGUGACUUCUUUCCUGGGCUACAGAAGGUAUCAGCCUAAUGUCAAUGUACAAGACUCUGUCAAGUUUUUGGAGUCUGAACUCAGCAGAGGAAUUUCGGACAAUUAUACCUUAGCGCUUGUAACCUAUGCCCUGUCUUCAGUGGGGAGUCCUAAAGCAGAGGAUGCUUUGCGUAUGCUGACUCAGCAGGCAGAAAAGGAAGGAGACACGCAGUUCUGGUUGUCAUCCACCCCCUCGCUUUCUGAGUCCUGGCAGCCCCGCUCCCUGGACAUUGAAGUUGCCGCUUACGUGCUGCUCUCGCACCUGCAGCACCGUAUUUCUGAGGGAAUCCCGGUGAUGAAGUGGCUCAGCAGGCAAAGGAAUAGCCUGGGAGGUUUUGUAUCCACGCAGGAUACUGUUGUGGCCUUGAAGGCGCUAUCUGAAUUUUCAGCCCUGGUGCACAUGGAAAAUACAGACAUACAAGUGACUGUCACGGGGCCCAGCACACCGCGACCUGUAUACUUCCGGAUUGACACACAGAACUGCUUCCUCCUACAGACGGCAGAGCUUGCUGCAGAAGAGCUCACUGUAGUGAAUAUUUCUGCACAUGGUUUGGGAUUUGCUAUAUGUCAGCUUAAUGUUUUUUAUAAUGUGAAAGGUUCCCGUUCUUUGAGAAGUUUGAGGUCUAUCCAAGAAAAAGAAGCUUUUGAUUUAGAUGUUAAUGUGAAAGACAAGGAUGAUGUCGAUCAUGUGGAUUUGAAUGUGUGCACAAGGUUUUUGGACUCAGCCAGGAGUGGCAUGGCUCUUAUGGAGGUUAACCUUCUCAGUGGUUUUAUUGUACCUUCAGAUGCAAUUCCUCUGAACGAGGUGGUGAAGAAAGUGGAAUAUGACCAUGGAAAACUCAACCUUUAUUUGGAUUCUGUAAAUGAAACCCAGUUUUGUGUUGCUAUUCCUGCUGUGAGAAACUACAAAGUUUCAAAUACUCAAGAUGCUUCAGUAUCCAUAGUGGACUACUAUGAACCAAGGAGACAGGCAGUGAGAAGCUACAACUCCAAGGUGAAGCUGUCCUCAUGUGACCUCUGUGGAGACACCAGCUGCGAUCCAUGUGAGAAUGGAGCCAUGGGCUCCCUUCCGCGUUCUUCAAGCCUUUUUGCUUUUUGUUUUAUCCUUCUGUACUUGGUACAACAUUGAUUAUGAUUUAUUUUUCAAGGACUCCAUCUAAAACUAGUAUUUCCGGAAAGUCAAGUGUGAUUGUUUUCUUUCUACAACUGAUGAUUGCUUCUGAUGAUUUUGAAAAUGAACUGUUUCCCUUUCUUGGGGGUCCUGGGGGGAAUGUCUGCAACAGGCUGGAGCUUGUGUAGGCAUGUAAACCAAUCUACCUGACCUCUGUGUGGAAGGUGGUCAGAAUGAAGACACUUGUGUCUCUUUAUUUCUCCUUGAAAAUAAUUUUUUAGAUGCUUUUGUUUUCUCCAGAAUAAAAAUGUUAUUUUCCAUUAUUCCUGUUUUGUAAAAGAUUGGGAGUAUGUGAUGGAGAGAGGGGGAGGGAUGGGGGCUUGUGCGCUUUACACAGCUUGUCCUUCAGCAUUUGCUUUGGUGUCAAGGGAGCAGCAGCCGGUACUUGCUCUGUGUUCCCUCCCACAUCUGCCCUGACUCUGCUGCCGGCCCAUCCCACUGCCAGCGAAGCUUUAUGAUCGGCACAUUGGUUCUUUUUAGAAUGUAGGUGGUAAAAUUACGAAAGCAAAACACUCUUUUUCUGCUCCAGAUCCGAUGACACGCCCCAGACUUUACUCUCCCCAAUUUCUUUAUAGAGGUAUGGUGCAUUUUCAAUGUCUCCCUGCUCUGGGGGUGACAAGACACUGGAAACUGCCUUUAGGUGUGCUGGGGUGUACUCUCUUCUGUCAUGUGGCAGUCUUGCCCUGGCUUUUCUUCAGGGGUGAGGGUUGGCAAGUCCUGUAAUGUGCGCCUGCAUGCCUCGGACUGAAGAGUGUCCAGGAAACACCAUGGACCAAGGGUACAAGAAAUACUGCCCACGUCACAGCCGACCACCUCCCUGGGUCUGGGAAAGAAGCUGAGGUUGGAGGUCUCGAAGAAUCUGGACAUGAUUCCUGAAGUAUUACAGUGCUGGCCCUGGCUUCUGUUCAGUCUCCUGCAGCCAUAGGGCCAGGGCAUUGGGCUGCCAAGCGUCCUGAUGCUUAAGAAGGUCCCUGAAUUCUGGGUUAAACUUGUUCAUUUAUUCGUGUGAGCACUUAAAGGAAAAGUUCUCUUCUUAUCUCUUUACUCUUUUGUUGGUGGUUGGUCUGAUGCGUGUUACUGGCCCAUAAAAUCUGGUCACAUCUAUCUUUGUUUUGUAAAUCGGCCUAAGACAUAUCUGAUUGGUUGAUUAAACAGCCUUAGGGCAGAAUGGGGUAGACGUGGCUAAGCUUCCCUGGCUUGGGGUUCAAGAGAGGAUCAUGGGAAACAGAUGGCCCGGAAGAGUGGAAGGAGGAUGCCAUUGAUGGGUUAGCCUGGAGAAGAAACUUCGUGGGGCCUGGAGAAAAGACUCCAAUAAUGGCGUGAAAAGCCCCACAUAAAGAAUGAAAGCAAGUAUUCAUAAGAUUAUGGAUGGAAGGUAGGAUGGUUAAGGAGGAUGGCAUUGGAUAGGGGCUGGGAGAUGGAUGGUGAGGUGAUUCAAACAGCGUAGGUAGGAAUGUCUGCCCAGCCCAAGGUAAAUAAGGCAAUUAUAAAGUCUAACAGGUGUCUGUGUCUUAUUUGUGAUAGCGGGUUAAGUAAUACUGCCAUGAUAAUCUUGGAGCUCAAAAUAAAUACUAUAUAGCACAACAACGUUUUAAAAAUACAACACGUCUUCUCUUCCUUUCAGCUUUCCCUCUUGAGUAUACUGAAAUGUUAGAUAUGUUAAAAAAAAUUAAAGAUUUUAAAGAAAUAAGUCUAAGAAGUGGUUUACCCACUGCCUUGGAAACUGACGAUACCAGCAUAACUCACUCCCACAUUUGCUGGUGCGCCGGGUCCGCAGGCUGAGUACCGUGAUAAGCAGUAAGUGAAAAGCAUGCAGAACAGAACAGCGCUUCUGUGUGCUCGCCGCCUCGCCACAUUUUGUUCCGGUUCUAAAAAAGAGGUGAAGGGUGGCUAAGAUGUUACCAGUGAGUGAGAUGCUCAGGAGACUUCGGCGUUCCUCUGCAGUCCACGCGCACACUGCUUUUCAAAACACUGUGGAGGCAAGAUCUGUGGGUUGGCACUUUAGCCGUAAGAUGGGGGGAGUUGUGCCCGUGCGGACGCAGACACACUGGCUUUCCCUCAGCUUGCUGUUCACACAGGCAAUGCUACAGCCGGUACGUGGGAGGUUUCAGAACUGUAGGUGUAACCCUGGAUCCUGGUCUCUUGGGCCUAAGUUUAUUUUCUGUUUCUAAAAUCAUGCUCACCCUGCAAUUUUAUUGCUGUAAAUAUAAUUAUAUAUAUACAUUUCCUGGCCAAUAUAUCAUCAGCUAUUUUUAUUUUGAUUAAACAGUUCACUGUUUGUAUUUGACAUUUCUGG